AUGCACCAAGUGCAGUCUGCUAAUCAUGGCGUGUCUACCAGAGCCCUGGGCCAAUUGUUUAUGAUGGGCUUUGAUGGAACUGCAGUGACUCCUCAAAUACGUACUCUUAUACAGGAACAUCAUCUUGGGUCCAUCCUUCUGACAGCCAAGAAUUUGAAGUCCGCUGAAGAUACAAGCGCCCUUGUCUACGAACUUCAAAAGUGUGCUUUCGAUGCCGGACAUCCGGUGCCUCUACUUAUCGGCAUCGAUCAAGAAAAUGGAGGUGUCAACUCUCUGUUCGAUGAUAUCUUCAUCCGACAGUACCCAUCAGCUAUGGGUAUCGCUGCGUCAGGAGACCCCGAUCUUGCAUACAAAGUUGCAAAGGCAAGUGCAGAGGAGAUUUCUGCCUGCGGAGUCAACUGGAUCAUGGGACCUUGUUUGGACGUCCUCACCAACACUCGUAAUCAGCCGCUAGGGGUGCGUACUACUGGUGAUGAUCCAGUGCAAUGUUCAGAGUACGGAGUGGCGUUCAUGAAAGGUUACCAAGAAGCCGGCAUUGCGACUAUGGGCAAACACUUCCCCUCGUACGGCAACCUCGAAUUUUUGGGAUCGUCGUUGGAUGUGCCUACGAUUACUGAGUCGUUGGAACAGUUGAGCUUGAGCGCUCUGAUACCGUUUCGCGAUGCCAUCAAGCAAGGGCUCGACUCUAUUAUGGUUGGUGGUUGUGCGAUGUCAUCAGCCGGAUUGAAUGUCAUGCACGCCUGUCUCUCCGAUCGAGUUGUCGACGGACUGCUAAGGAAAGAACUCGGAUUUGAUGGUGUUGUCGUCAGUGAGUGUCUCGAGAUGGACUCACUCUGCCAGAAUAUCGGUGUCAACGGUGGUACAGUCAUGGCCGCCAACGCUGGUUGCGAUAUUCUGUUACUCUGCAGGUCAUUUCAACAUCAGCUUGAAGCUAUCAACGGCAUGAAAGUUGGCUUAGACAACUGUAUGAUCACCACAGACAGGGUUCGUCGGUCACUUAACAGGGUACUGGCCAUGAAGUCAAGAUGUACAUCUUGGGAGAAGGCCUUGAAUCCGCCAGGCAUCAGUCUUUUGUCGCGACUGCAGCCAUCACAUACUUUCCUGUCCACCACAGCAUACAAUUCGAGUAUCACUGUCGUGCGAGACCAGAAUGGAUACUUGCCUCUGACCAACAUCAUUGAGCCAGAGGAAGAGCUGCUUCUGCUUACUCCUCUAGUCAAACCACUAGCUGCAUCCGCAGCCUCUCGAGCACUGUCAUCCCAUACUUCCGUUGACUCCCCGGAACCACAAUGGGAACGAGGCAAUCCAGGAUUGAGUGGUGAGAGAGUGUUCAGGGAGCUCGGACGAUCUCUUGCCCGUCAAAGAACAGGCAGAGUACUGCAUACCAGCUAUACAGCAAAUGGCGUCCGACCUCAACACGAAAGUCUGAUCAACAGAGCAAGCGCCGUCAUCGUCGUCACAGCAGACGCAAAUAGAAACAUGUAUCAGAACGGAUUCACAAAACACGUCUCCAUGAUCUGUAACAUGCAAUAUACAGCCGGUGGCGAUAAAAAGAUAAAGCCACUCAUAGUCGUGGCAGUCAGUUCACCCUACGACUUUUCCACAGACACAUCAAUCGGGACGUAUGUCUGCACAUACGACUUUACAGAAACAGCAUUGGUAUCCCUAGUCAGAGUACUUCAUGGCGAUAUCAACCCUACAGGUUCACUCCCCGGCACAAUCAGCCGCAGCGAAAAACUCACACAAUCAAAAACACACUGGCUCGUGGAGAUCUUCAAUGAGGAGCGAGAUGGCCUAGCCCUCGAUACCCUGAUCAAAGAGAUCACAGACUGGUCAGCGCCAAACCAGCGCUCGGAACUAAAAGCCGCAACCUCAAACUCCUUCCUGCUCCGUCAGCAAAAUGUCCUGGAAACCCACUUCGUGGUCAGAAAUAGCAGUACGUCGGCAUUAUACGGCUUUUGCUCGACCUACUUCUUCAAAUCUACAGGCACUGGAGCGAUAGGCGCACUAUUCGUCGAUCCAGGAAGACGAAAACUCUCCAUCGGCCAAAGUCUACACGAUCGCGCCAUUCGUACUCUCCUGCAACGAGAAGGUAUAAAGCGCUUCCAACUAGGCUCAAGACUCCCCAGUAUCUACCUCGGCAUCCCCUCCGACCACGGCUCCGAGCGCAAACGUCUACGCGGCUGGUUCGCAAAUCUAGGCUGGAACACCGCACUCUCCCGCCCUGUAUGCAGUAUGGUAAUGCGCAAUCUACCCUCUUGGUCCCCUCCCGAGGGAAUGGCGCAAUCUCUGCAAAGCGCAGGAGCGGAAUUUGAUCUCGUGAGGGGUUGGGAACAUAGUAGAGCUGUUCUCGAUCACAUAAAGACGAACAACCGUCAAGGCCUUGCAGAGGUUUAUAAAUUGGCGCUCACAGAUGCCAAUUCUUGUGGUAUUGUGCGUGCGACACGGCCGGAAGAUGGGAGUAUUGUGGGUACGGUGGUGUUGUAUAACAAUGCUUCUGCAUUGGCGGAGUUUGUGCCUGCGCUCAAGGAUGAAGGGGCGGAGGAUGGGGGUGUGGGUGGUGGUGUUAGUUCGCCAGUCGUUUCUCCUUCGGCGGGUGAGUACGCGACCAUUUUGCAGAGCUUAAUCUUGUUGGGUGUCAAGCAAGUCAAGAAACAAGGGUGUGCUUCUUGUGUGCUUGAUUACAUGGAUGGAGAUGGUAAUUUUGAUGGGUUGUCGGCUAUGGGUUUUGAGACUAUGCAUACGUUCGAAGAGGUUAGUUGUGAUGCUGCGACUAUCACUAGGGCGAAAUGA